ACUUUACUUGACCUCGGAGCCCUCCUCCUCCCCUCCCCAUCGCCGACCGCCAUGGCCGCCGACCCUAGCUCCGACCACGCCAACGGGGCCCCGGCCCCGGCCCCCGCCCCCGCCGCCGACAAGAAGAAGUCGCGCGAGAGCGACCGCCGCCGCCGCCGCCGGAAGCAGAAGAAGAAUAAGGCGCCCGCGUCCGACGCUGCUGCCUCGGACGCCGACGCGGCCGCAGAUGCCGACGAGGAGAAGCCCGACUCCAAGCCCCCGGUGGAGAUCGAGGUGGAGUACGUGCCGGAGGAGCCGGACCUCGCCGACGGCCUCCUCGCCGACUUCAAGAGCAUCUUCGACAAGUUCACCUUCAAGGAGCCCCCCGCCGCCGAGGAUGGGGAGAAGAAGGACGAGGCCGCCGAUGCGGCGAAGAAGGGGUCGGGGUCUGACUCGGACGACGACGAGCAGGAGACCCAGCAGAAGAAGAAGGAAGGGGGCAUCUCCAACAAGAAGAAAAAGCUGGAGCAAAGGAUGAAGAUUGCGGAGCUGAAGCAGAUAUGCAACAGGCCCGACGUUGUCGAAGUUUGGGAUGCGACUGCAUCAGACCCCAAGUUACUUGUCUAUCUGAAGUCUUACAGGAACAGUACCUGUCCCAAGGCACUGGUCUCAAAAGAGGAAAUUCUUGCAGGGAUGCUGCAACUUCCUGGGAGCAAGGUCUUGGUGGGCAAGAGAGGUAUUGAAAAACAACCGUUCCAACUUCCUGACUUCAUUGCUGCGACUGGAAUAGAAAAAAUAAGACAGGCAUAUAUCGAGAAAGAGGAUAGCAAAAAGUUGAAGCAGAAGCAGCGGGAGCGUAUGCAGCCAAAAAUGGGCAAGAUGGAUAUAGAUUAUCAGGUUUUACAUGACGCCUUCUUCAAAUAUCAAACAAAACCCAAAUUGACUAGUCAUGGUGACCUUUACUACGAAGGGAAAGAGUUUGAGGUCAAGCUUAGGGAAAUGAAACCAGGUAUGCUAUCCCGAGAACUUAAAGAAGCUCUUGGUAUGCCAGAAGGUGCACCGCCUCCAUGGCUUAUAAACAUGCAGAGAUAUGGUCCUCCACCCUCCUACCCUUCGCUAAAGAUUCCUGGUCUGAAUGCCCCAAUUCCUCCUGGUGCUACUUUUGGUUACCGGCCCGGGGAAUGGGGAAAGCCUCCUGUGGAUGAGCAUGGACGCCCCCUCUACGGAGAUGUUUUUGGUAUCCUACAGCUGGAUGAACCUAAUUAUGAUGAGGAGCCUGUUGACCGCAGCAAGCAUUGGGGAGACUUGGAGGAGGAAGAGGAAGAGGAGGAAGAUGACGACGAGGAAGAGGAAGAGGAGCUAAUGGAAGAUGAAGACAUGGAAGCUGGCAUGCAGUCUGUCGACACCAUGUCAAGCACUCCCACUGGCGUGGAAACACCUGAUGUCAUUGAUCUCCGGAAGCAACAGAGGAAAGAGUCUGAAAGGCCAACAGAUAAGCAGUUAUACCAGGUUCUUGAGCAGAAGGAGGAGAAAAUCGCACCAGGAACCCUCUAUGGAUCAAGCCAUACGUAUGUGGUUGGGGCACAGGAUAAAGCUGGGGUUAAAAGGGUUGAUCUUCUCAAGAAUCAAAAGUCUGACAAAGUGGACGUCACCAUACAUCCCGAAGAGCUCGAAGUUAUGGACGAUGUUCUGGCAGCCAAGUACGAAGAAGCCCGUGAGGAGGAGAAGCUACGGAACCAGAAGGAAGAUUUCAGCGACAUGGUGGCGGAGAACGCGAGCAAGAGGAAGAGGAAGCACGAGAAGGACGGGAAAUCUUCCAAAAAGAAGGACUUCAAGUUCUAGACGGCCUCGUUUUGUUACGGUUACUCUUCCGUUUUCCCAGGAGGAGGAUGUUUCCAUUUCUUCCUGUAGCCUGUACUCUAAAUUAAGCUGUGUAUGUAUACUUAGCCUCUGGCAAAUGUUGAAGUGCUGGAUGAGAAGACCAGAUGAAAAAGGAAGUGAAGCUGUGGUCCAUGCAUGAGAACAACUUGUGAUGUUAAAUGUAACAGCUAGCAUUAAUCCUUUGCUGUCAUGAAGAGUAAUGAUAAGUUAAGUGCUGAAUUGCACAUUCUGAAA